AUGAACUCUUCAAAACAAAAUGACAUUCCUCAAGAUCAUAUCAGUUUAACAGACUCUUCAGAUUUUUCUAUUGAUUCCCAACAAUCUAAAUUUUAUAAUAGCAAAAUACUUGGAAAGAGUUUUACCCCGCCAAAACUUACGUUUAAAGACUUAUUGGAUAUCAAGAGAAAUAGUGAAUCCAGCUCUGACUUGCCUAAAGAUCUUCCGAUUUAUCAUGCACCUACAGAAUCAGUGACUCCAUCUAUAGAGUUUCAAAAUGAAAGAAAAAUAAAUCUUGAUUCAACACCUAAAACAUCGAAAAAGAAAGCACCGAAAAUUCAUGUACCAAAACUUAUAAAAUUCAAUAAACUUAUUGAUGAUAUUGCUAUUCCAGAGGAACCUAUCAGAGAGUAUCAAUUUUUAAGAAACGAGCCACUUAUUUUACCAAAAAAAGAAAAGAAUUCAUUAGAUUUGAAUGAAAUUUUAUUGAAGUGUCAAAAAGAAAAGCAGGAUAAAGGAAGCUAUUAUUUGGCUAAAAAUGUAUUGACGGAUGCUGAUAAUAAAGAUAACUUUGUGAUCGAAGCACCAGAAAGGGUGGAAGGAUUUAUUUCUAAAAAAAUAUCAAUUGACCCAAGGGAAAUUAUGAGAGAAAAACUGAAAAAUGCAGCAAAUGAAAGAAAAACAAGCAAUAUCAGUAAUGAAAUGCUUUUUAACAAGCCGAAAACAGAGCUGGAAGGAGGCGAUUUUAAUGAUUUUUGCUAUAGCUCUAGAGAAUGGCAGCCUGAGAUUAAAGAAGCUGAAGGUGAAAUUGACAGCUUUCAUGAAGAUCAUGCAAAAAUUAUUCCUGAAAAAAAUCUCUGCACUCAAAUUAAUGAGAAAAUAAAAAAAGCCGCUAAAUUGCAUAGAAAUGAAAUUAAGCCAAGAACAAGGAAUGGACUCUGCAUAUUAAGCGAAUGGCAUGAAGAAAUAGGAGAUUUAGAUCAAGUAGUUAAUUUGGAUAUUAACGUAAAUUUAUCAAAAAAUGAUGGAGAAGAUUCACUUAAGAGAAAAAUUAACAAAGCAAGGGAAGAUGUGAAUGGUGCUGGGAUAAAAAGGAUAAAAGACGCUAAUGGGACGCCAAAAAUCGUAUGAGAUCGAAAGCUAGUAGAUCUUUAUUUGUAA